UACAUCUUAUAUUGAGAAAGUUCAUGAAUUACUCACGUGUACAUGACAUUGCGCUACAUCAGGUUAACCGCUUGUCAUCUCUCAUCAUCAGGGUGUCAGUUUUAAUGUCAUUUACCUGAGUUAGAGCAACUCUUUUAGCAGAAAGUACAAUCAACAUGACAACGAAGAAAGGUAAGGUACUGACCAAGGGAGCGAAGCAAAUAAAGGAGGAGAAUGCUUCCACGUUGAGCUUCUACACUUACAUGGCCCUAGGCGCAAUGGGAAUUUACUUUGCCGUAACAAUGAUGCUGUUUGAGUUAACUGCACUGACGAUAAUAAUAAUGGUGUUUUCUACAAUUGUAUAUAUAGGAAGCUAUCAAUUCAUGUCCUAUAUGGCUCGCACUACAUAUUCAGAAUCCGGCCAACUCCUGGACUGUGGUGUUGAUCUCAAUAUGGAAGGUGGUAUAGCGGAACAUGUCAAGGAUUUAAUCAUACUGACAUCGGGAAUACAAAUCCUGUCUCUCAUUUCAAACUACUUCUGGCUGUUGUGGCUUUUGGUACCACUGAGAGGAAGCUGGAUGCUUUGGAAGCAAAUCUUGGCUCCAUGGUUUUUCGCUCAGCCGCAAGAACAGCCCGAGAUAAGCGAAAAAAAACAACGCAAGUUGGAAAAAAAAAUGGCGAGACGGCACUAAUGAAAUUACCAAAAGUUGUCGCAGUGCAAUACGACGAUUGUACAAUAAUUGAUUCAAUCGGGAAUUGGAGAGUAAGUUUGAGAAACCGGGAAGAUAGGAAGGUUAAAACAGACUCUCCUAUGGAUGCUCAGGAUAUCAAAAAUUGUUAUAACAGAAUACAAUUUGAAAUCGAAUGAAACUUUGGGAUUUGCGCAAUUUUACGAGACAAAUUAAUUUUAAAAAAAAAGUUUUACAAAAUUCAAAAGAAUCGUGAACUGGGAGAAGGGGACAGAUGGAGGGAGAUAGAUUUUGUUCUUACUGGAGCAUUCCGUAUAAUUAUUUCUCGAUAGACUAUCUCGAUGUGUGGUCUCAAAAUUAGAAGGAUUGAACACACGUUCUUUUCUUAUUUAGUAAUGUCUACGGACUUAUUCCUAUAUAAGUCGAAGACGAUGCUAAAUAAUCAUUAGGACUUAAUAAAUGUAAUAAAAAUGUAUUAAUAUAUUUAUUUGAACACAAGAAUAUUAUAUAUUUAUUAUAUAUUAAUAUUUUAAUAGCUACUCUUUCUAUUAUCUUUGGCUUAUAUUUAUAGGAAUAAAACCGUAGAAGUCUAGAUAAAAAGUAUCUCGGCGCUUUCAUUUCUACUUGUCUAACUUCGUUAGUUAUAAUGCUAACAUGAACGGUGUUUUGUAAUUAUAAUGAUAACGGCAACGGAUACUACGGCAAUGUGCGUGCGAGGAUUUGAAUAUAAUGUUAAUAAAGUGGUGAACAGGUGCCUUCACGAAAACGGAGAGAUAACAAUAUCAAAACGCGCGUUCAAAAAAUAUCAAUAAAUGAAAGUCGAACAAGGUAAUAGAUAUAAUGAUAUUUAUGUAUAUUGUAACUUUGAAAGUUCAAUCGUUCUCCUUCCGAUAUAAAUGAAAAUCCGAUUCAAAACAGAUUAUCAUUAAUCUAAGGAAUGUAUAUAUUACAAUUACAUUAUUAUUCAACGACGUCACGUAAAUAUAAAUCAUUAUUUAUUAGAUUCUGAAAGUGACAAACUGACGCAUCACAGUAUUGCAUUUAAAUCUAAUGUUAUAUACAUGUAUAUAUAUAGUAUAUAUAUAGUACAUAUCUUUGUAUGGGAAUGUGGACAUUUAUAGGAAUUAACAAUGUUUCGAUCGACUUUGUAUAAACGGCGUUAUAGUUGUUUUUUUAUAAUAAUUGUUGAACUCUUUGUAUAUAUUGGUCGUGAAAUGCUUAUAAUGUGCAAAGAGUCUCUUUAAAAUUAGGCCAACAUUUGUACUUCUCAUCUAACGUUAAACAUGUCCGUUUAAUUCACAGCUUUCGUUUUGGCUUUCACAUAUGAACGCCUCUGUUCAGUGAAAAAUUCGCGAUUUGUUUUUAUAAAUUAAAACUUAUCUAAUUAGAGAGUCAAACCGAAUUCAUUCUGUCAGUGUAAUUACAUUAUCCAAUUAACUCGGCAAAUUUUUCCUGAGAAAAAAGAACCGGCAGUCGAAAGAUCAUGUAGGAUUAGCAGAAAAUGUUCAGAAAGAUACAGUUUGCUUCUUCUACAAAAAAAAAA